AACAAAGGAAGAUGAAGAUUUAUGUGAUGAUUUAUGGGUACAAAGAGCUAUGAUUGUAAUGGGUCUUUCUUGCAAGGUCAUGUAAAUCACUCAAUUUUCUGGAAGAAUCUCACUCCCACCAGUGAAGGAGGUGGCGAGCCACCAAAUGGUUCUUUGGGCUCGGCUAUCAACCAGAGCUUUAGUUCUGUGGAAAAAUUGAUUGCUAAAAAGAACGCAAAAGGCGCUGCUGUGCAAGGUUCUGGAUGGGUGCUUGCUGUUGACAUAGAGUUGAAGAGGCUUGUGGUUGAAACCACAUCAAACCAGGACCCACUGGUUACAAAAGGUCCAAGCUUGGUUCCUCUGCUUGGCAUAGAUGUUUCGGAGCAUGCAUUUAAACAAAUUUCAUUUUUGUAUGGCCCGAUUACUUAA